AUGAAUUUUGAUACUGCUGAUGAAGUCAACUUCUGGAGUAACCGUUCCUCGGAGCUGUACUCGGGGACACAGGGACCAUUAUCUGCAAAUAAUUCCAACUUGACCACAGCAAAUGACACAGACAAUGACACAUACACGAGUCCGCUGGAUCUUACCCGAGCCGUGUCCGUUGSUAUAGUUCUGGGUGCGUUCAUUCUGUUCGCAAUCGUGGGCAACAUACUCGUAAUACUUUCCGUUGUAUGCAACAGACACCUGCGCAUCCCAACAAACUAUUUCAUUAUCAACCUAGCCAUUGCGGACCUGUUGCUGGGUACAACCGUGCUGCCCGUGUCUGCAACAUUGGAGAUUCUUGACUACUGGGUAUUCGGGAGGAUAUUCUGUGACAUCUGGGCGGCAGUGGACGUGCUAUGUUGCACUGCUUCCAUUAUGAGCCUGUGCGUAAUAUCCAUAGACCGUUAUAUAGGAGUGCGCUACCCACUGCAGUACCCCUGUAUAGUAACGGAGAAAAGAGCCCUUUUGGCCAUGCUCGGUGUUUGGGUUCUCGCUACUGUCAUUUCCAUCGGACCUCUGCUCGGGUGGAAACAACCACCUUCAAAUGACGACACCAUUUGCCCCAUCACCGAAGAGCCCUUUUACGCACUGUUCUCGUCAUUGGGUUCAUUUUACAUACCUCUGGCUGUCAUCCUUUGCAUGUACUGUCAGGUUUAUGUAGUUGCCAAACGGACCACUAAGAACUUAGAGGCGGGGGUCAUGAAAGAACACAUGGACUCGAAUGAGCUCACGCUCAGGAUCCACUGCAAAAACGCACAGCUGCAGGAAUACUGCGGCGCAGGCAAGGGCCAGACACGGAGCACGCUAACAGUCAAACUGCUCAAGUUCUCCCGAGAGAAGAAAGCUGCUAAAACGCUUGGUGUCGUGGUGGGCAUGUUUAUUCUCUGCUGGCUGCCAUUCUUCCUCGUGCUGCCCAUCGGGUCAUUCAACGCCAACCUGCGUCCCCCGGAGACGUUCUUUAAGGUGAUCUUCUGGCUGGGCUACUUCAACAGCUGCCUGAAUCCCAUUAUCUACCCCUGCUACAGCCGAGAGUUCAAACAGGCCUUCAUCCGCAUCCUCAAGUGCCGCUGCCAUCAGAAGAAAAAGCAGAAAGGCUGGAGGGCCUACUACAACUACCGUUCCUCUCACCCGGGCUCCACCAACAACUCCUACCUGAACGGGAGCCAGCAGACCCUGUCCUCUGUCAAUCCCAGCCCUCGCUGUGUGAGCAAAGGAUCCGGCUCUUGCCUGGAGUCUGGGUGGGGCCAUGGCUCCCUGUCUCCCUGCCUGUCUCUGCCUGGGAGCCCCUUCACCAGCCAGAUGAGGGCCAUUCCUGGGGCUGUCUGCCAGAGCACCAGCAGAACUAUCAGAGUCAACCUGGCCUCCCCCCUGGCCAGGGAGCCAGUGCAUGCCAAUGGACAGARUGGGAAUGGAAAGGUGGAGCAUGGAGCAAUCAGGGCAACACCUGAGACAAUGAUGUAAUGGCAGGUUGGAGCACCAGUCAUAAGCCUGGACAAUGCCGUUUGAUAGUCUGUACUUAUGCAACGGUAGCCUUUACAUCCAGGUGCAUGUGGGUAUUUUAUGCUGGAUGCUGAAAUAUGGACAAAAGCMUAACUACUGUAGCAGUCUGGAUUUAAGUUUUACGCAUCACACCAGAGGGUCAAUGGUCAAU